GCUCUAGCUUCUUCUGGCUCGAAGGUCUUCGAGCCAGGUGCUCGCGCGCCCUUCCGCCCUUCCGCGGUGGGAGCUCGCGUCGCGGGCGCACGUUCGCUGGCACCACGGCGAGGCGGUGGUGGCUCGGGCCGCCCUCCUCUCGUACAUCGGGGACUUCGGGGUCCUCGACUCCUUCCUGACCAAGCCGCUUGUGGACACCGAGGACGACGCGUCCUUGAGGUACACCAGGAAGUCGGAACGGCUUACCUCCUCCCUCCUCGGUCCCUCCUCCCUCCUCUCCUCCCUCCUCCUCCCUCCUCCUCCUCCUCCUCUUUUUCCUCCUCCUCCUCUUCCUCCUUCUCCUUGUCCUUUCUCCUCUUCCUCGCUCCUCGUCCUCUUUCUCCUCCUCCUCCUCCUCCUCCUCCUUCUCCUUUUCCUUGUCCUUGUCCUUCCUCCUCUAUCCUCCUUCUCGUCCUUCCUCCUCCUCCAUCCUCCUCAUCUUCCUCCUUCUCCGCCGCCUCUUCCUCCUCCUCCUUUUCUUCGUCGUCCUCCUCCAUCCUUCCUCCUCCUCUCUCGGCCCGAAGGGCCGCCCCUCGUGGGCCGCAGCCGCCUGGCCGCCCUCUCUUCUCCUCUGCUGCCCGGCGAUGGCGAGCCUGGAUGAGGAGGACGACCCUUUGGCCGCGGAGGCGGCGCGGCAGCUCCUCGCCGCGGGCCCUGAAGGGGUUUACGUGGACUGCGCGCUUGGGCUCGGCGGCGGCUACGCCCGAUGCCUCCUGCGCGGGCUCGGCCAGGCGGGGCGCCUGGUCGCUCUGGGCGGCGGGCGCCCGGCCGCGGCGGCCGCGGGCCGGCAGCUGGAGGCCGACGGCCGCUUCCGCAUGCUCGGCGCGUCGCCGGCCGCCAUCGGGGAGAGCCGCGAGAGGGCCGCGCGGGCAGGGGCGCUGGGGCGCCCCCAGGGGCCUCUCCUGGGCGCGCUUUGCGCGCCAGGCGUGGGGUGCGGGGCCGGAGGCCUGACGCCGUCGGUGGACCGUCCGCGGACGGCCGAGAGUUUCGUGCCUUCGUGGCCGUCUGGCUCUCCCGGCCCAUGCCGAGGGACCUGCCAGGGCCGCUGGCCGGGGUGCUGAUUGACCUCUCCGUGCCCUCGGAGGAGGAGGAGGACCCGGACGAGGCCCUGGACCUGCGGAGCGACCGGGCCGUCGGGGUCCCCGCGUGGGAGUGGCUGCGGAGCGCGUCCGCCGCCGAGCUGGCGUGGGUGCUCGACGAGUUCGGGGGCCUGCACGACCCGCUGGUGGCGGAGCGGCUGGCGCAGGCGGUGCUCUGCCACGGCCGGGCCUGCGGGCCGCGCGGCGCGUCCCGGCGCCAGCUGGCGCAGCUGUGGGAGAGGCUGGGGCCCGAGCUGGAGCUGGAGCACCCGCACCUGCGGCUGGGGCAGCUCCUGCGGGCCGUGCGCGCCUUCGUCAACCAGGAGGUGCCCCUGUUCGAGCAGCUGCUGGCGGACGCCUUCGAAUUGCUGGAGCCCUCUGGCCGCCUCGCCGUCGUCACCUUCCGGUCCUGGGAGCUGGCCGCCCUGCGGCGCUUCCUGCGGGCGCGGGAGCCGCCGAGCGAGCACGUGGCCGGCGUGCUGCCCGCUGCCGCCCUCGCCGAGCUCUACCCGCUGGCCGCAGCCCGCAAGGGCUUCGCUGCGCAGCGCGUGGGGCGGGCGCUGACGGCCGCCCAGCUGGGGCAGGGCCCCAAGGGGCGGGACUGGAUGCUGCACGUGGUGGAGAAGGCUCCCUACGACGGGGCCCUGGACACUCCCUCCGCCGGCCCGGGGAGCCCCGGCGUGCCCGAGGCGCCCGGCAGCAGGCCGAGCGGCCCGGCGGGCGGCUUGUGCGAGCCGCCCGCGCCGGAGUUCGGCGUCCGGAGCGAGGCAGAGGCGGCCGCGGCCGCCGCGGCGGAGGCCGAGGCGGCGGGGCCCGGGGCAGGGCAGAGCGGCGCGGGCGCGGCUGCUGCCUGGCAGGACGAGCUGGACGAGCUGCGGGCGAAGAUCGCAGCGCGCAAGCUGGAGCUACGGGAGGAGGGCCAGAGCCUGCGCCUGCAGAGGAAGGACCCGCGGCUGGCCGAGUUGGUGCGGCGUCAGGACGCGAUCUACAGGACGUGCUGCGAGCGCGCCAAGUACGAGGAGCGCGCCCGGGAGCGCUGCCGGGCCCGCUGCCACGUGCCGGUGCUCCUGGCCGAGGCCACGGAGCAGCUGGUGGUGCCGGGCCCGGGCAGGCUCUACGUCGACUGCACCUUCGGGCGCGGCGGGCACUCCAGCGUGGUGCUGUCCAAGCUGUCCAGCGAGGGGCGCCUCGUGGCCUUCGACGUCGACCCGCUGGCCGUGCAGGUCGGGCGGGCGUUGGCGGCGGAGGACGGCCGCUUUCGGAUGGUCCACGCGCCCUUCAGCGAGUUGGCGGGCGCGGUGCGGGAACCCGUGGGCGGCGUGCUGCUUGACCUGGGCGUGUCGUCGCCGCAGCUCGACGACGUCAGCCGGGGCUUCUCCAUCAAGGGCCGCAAGGACGGCCCCUUGGACCUGCGCAUGAACCAGGAGGUGGGGGUCCCCGCGGCGAAGUGGCUGCAAGGCGUCAGCGCUGCCGAGCUCGCGUGGGUCAUCGACGCCACCUGCUACCGGCUGGACGCCGCGCUGCCCCGGCGGAUCGCGGAGGUCGUGCUUCGGCGCGGGCCCUACGAGUCCACCGCGCAGCUGGUCGCGGUGCUGGACGCUCUCGGGGCGGAGCUCCAGCUGGAGCAUCCGAACCUGAACUUGGCCCACAUCGUCUUCUGCGCCAUCCGCGUGUUCCUGAACCGCGAGGUGGCCGAGCUGGACCGGGUGCUGGAGGGGGCGCUGGAGCGCCUGGAGCUGCACGGCCGCGUCGUCGUCAUCUGCUUCAACCGCUGGGAGGUGGCGGCCGUGCGCAGCUUCCUGCGCAGCAACGAGGACGCCCAGCGAGCGGGCCGCCGCACUGGUGCCCGCAGACAGGCUCCCGGAGCUGUACCCACUGCUGGCCAGCUCCAGGCCGCACGCCCUGCGCGCCACCGCGGCGCCGGUACGGCCCAGCGCCGAGGAGCUGGCCGCGAACCAGAGGGCGAAGUCCGUGAUGUACGUCCUGGAGAAGGUGUCUCGCCGGACUCCGGCCGUGGGCGGCGGGGUGAGCUCCAGUGGGCCGCCCAGGGGCGCCGCGGACGCGCGGGGCCGCUUCCAGAAGCCGUGUCCGCCGCAGUGCUGCGCGCAAGACAAAACACGCCGUCUUCGUCGCCGUCUUCGUCGUCGUCGUCGUCGUCGUCUUUGCCAUCGUCGUCGUCGGCGUUCCUGCUCCUCUUCCUUCCCCCCUUCCCGCGGUUUGCUGCACUUCCCCUGCCUCCUCCUACCUCUCCC